AUGCUUCGAAGAGCAUUGAAGAGACCUCAUAUCCUAACGCUUAUAACGGAGCCCAAAAUUAAAGCUUAUUCCUUGCAGGAAGCUUACACCAAAUAUGGUAUCAGGGAAUAUAACAAUCCAUUCCUUUACAUAGUACUGCCGAAACAUCUCCGGAAGUCAAAAGUGCGUGAUCAGUUGCUGAAGAACAGCGAAGAACUCAUCACUCACCAUGACCUACACUCCACCUUGAAGGACAUUCUCUAUUUUCAACCAGAAUCGAUGUUCACGAACACGACGUACAAGCGGUUCGAUACUAACCCUCGCGGAUCAUCCUUGCUUCGUGAAUUCGAGAGCGGUACGAAACGAAAUUGCCUAACGCUACCAAUACCGUUUCAGUAUUGUAUAUGUCAGUACGAGAGGAAGGAAAUCACAAUGUUUAAGAUAUAUAUCCGUGAAAACGAAAACGGCACUUUGGAAUUGGAUGGCGGUACAUUUCGUCGUCUCGAUCGGAUUGAUCAUAAAACGGGUUGCAUAGAUGUUGAUGUACUAUUUGGGGUAUGCACGUGCAAGUUUUGA